CUUGAACUCGGUAGAUGAUAAACUUCCCCUUCCUCUUACUCGAGCAUCCUCGUCGAGACCACAACCUAUCUCAAUUUACUCUGAAAUAGAGAUAAGCAGCAAUGGCAAAAACGCUAGAUAUCCCACAGUCCAAUCACACAGUGCGAGUGAGGAUGGUGGACACAACCACUAUGAUGAGCAUUCGCACAGAAACUCUUAUCCAGCCCGUACAAUCAGGCCAUGAAUUUCUCAAUAUGACAGACGUCGCAUUCCUGAUCGAGAGCGAAGCGCUGAACAAGAAAGUCAUGUUUGAUCUUGGCACACGGAAAGAUUACUGGAAUCUCCCCACGGUUGCGAAAAGCGGCAUUACCAGGAUCAUACCCGCGCUCAAGGUAGAGAAGGACGUCGGCGAGAUUCUGACUGAAAGUGGAAUUACAUUGGAAGAAAUCACAUCCAUCAUUUGGUCGCAUUACCAUUGGGAUCACGUUGGGGACGUAUCCAAGUUUCCGGCAUCAACAGCAUUGAUUGUGGGCCCAGGAUUCUUGAAAGAUCCAAGUCUACUCCCGGGCUACCCUGAGAACCUCAACUCACCGGUCCCAGCAGAUGCAUUUCAGGGUCGUGAGGUAGUAGAGCCUGACUUUCCACUGAAUGUCGCCGGCUACCGCGCCCACGACUUCUUCGGGGAUGGGUCUUUCUAUCUUCUCGAUACCCCCGGUCACUGUGUCGGACAUCUUUGUGGCCUCGCUCGCACAACCAAAGACACUUUUAUUCUCCUCGGAGGCGAUAUCUGCCACUUUGCCGGAGCGAUAAGACCCACCGCAGACGUCCCAUUUCCCGCACACUUCUCUGCCGAGACCCUGGACAGCGACCCCUUCUUCCCUGUCCCUUGUCCAUGUAGUCUUUUCGCUGAUUGUCACCCAAUCACAAAAGCCAACCAAGAUAAAACCCCCUUCCAUGAUGUAUCUGCCUUGGACGCCAGCGUGUUCGAUGACCCUGCGGUCGCACAGCAAUCUGUAGACCAGUUACGCCGCAUUGACGCUUCGCCAAAUGUGUUGGUUUGCAUCGCGCAUGAUCCGGAGCUGUUACGCCAUCUCCCUACUCUGAACAAGUCGCCUGAGCUAGACUUGAAUGCUUGGAAGGAGCAAGGGUGGCAGGAGAGGGUACGUUGGGGAUGGGUAAAUGAACUGCCUCGUGCGGGUCGGCCGGGGAGGCAACCACUUGUUGAAGGAUUUUGGCGGGAGGGCAAGAUCUGGGAGGGUGCAUUUGAGGAGCUAUGCGCCGAGAAGCCUUGA